AUGUCUUCAUACAGCUUCCCGGUGCUGGAGAAUGAUGAGCUGCUGCCAUGCCUGGAGGAGAUGGAGAUCCCUAUCACAGCGGCGCAGCUGGCCAAGCCGACGCACGAGGUGGUGGCGCCCAUUUUUGAAAACAUCCUUGUCAACCUCACGGGCAUCACGAGGGAGGAGCUCAACCAGCCUGUGUUCGCCGCAAUCGACGCGUUUGAAUACCCAGAGCUCCACGAUGAGUCAAUCGCGGCGCGCAGCUUCUUCUCGCAGCUCAGCAAGCUCCUGGUAGUCUGCGGCGUCAAGGACUUCGGAAUGAAGGACCUGCACAAGCCGGACGCGCUGCGGCUGCGGCGCCACCUGUCAGCCGUCAUCAACUUUGCAAAGUUCAGGGAGGAGAAGCUCAUCGCAUAUGCGGAGCUGCAGGCCCGCCUGGAGUCGCUUAUGGAGCAGAGGCGGGGGCUGCAGGAGGAGCAGGCAGCGCGGGAGUCGGAGCUGAGGCGGAUGCGGGAGGAGCGCGCCGGCGAGGAGGCGGAUGCCAGCCAGAUCCAGGCGGAGGCGGACGCCCUGCGGGGCGAGAACCAGCAGCUGAACCGCCAGUUUGCAGCCGCAUCCUCUGAGGUCAAGGCGCUCAAGAGCCAGGUGGCACAGCUGUCCGAGGCAGUGCAGGCGGAGAAGUUUGAGCUCAUGAACGGCCAGCAGGAGCACGAGCGGCUCAGGGAGCAGAUCGUGCAGGCGCGCGCGGCUCGGGGCGUGUUCAGCCCUGACAAAUUCAAGAGGAGCCUGGUCGAGCUGCAGUCAGCCGUGGACGACGAGCGCGGUCACGUGGACGCGGCGGACAAGAGGUGCCGCGCGCUGCAGGCCCGCGACGACACCGUCGGGAAGGUGGAGAAGGACGUGUCGAAGUGCCUCGAACUUAUGAAGGAGAUUGAGAAUGAGGUGGCGCGCAAGAAGGAGGCGAGCAGGCACGCCAAAGAUCUGCGGGAGCAGAUCGGCGCGGCCUCCAACGACGCGGCUGACAUGGAGGCGAAGCAGCAGCACCUGCUGCGGCAGCAGGCCACGUUCAAGGACCGGAUACGGAAGCUGGAGAGCCAG